UCUGACUGAUUUUGUAACCGCUAAAAAACAUCUCCAGUUUACUGCUUUAUCACAUCCGCUAAAUUUGGCGGCACCAAAACCGUCCCCGCCCCCUAACCUUCAUCACCUGGACCAAACCCAGAUUUUCUCCUCCUAUAGUAUCCAUGGCGGUCUUCAACAUUUCUUCUUUAACGAAGAAUUGUGGGUUUUCUGUGUUGAUGUAGAGAGGGGAACGUGGUGGAGGGGAGAGAGAAAGGGAAGAGAAAAGAAAUUAUGGGUGAUUCUGACUCUUCAUUUUCCCUUUCAAGUCUUCUCUGCCAAGAAAACCAAACUUGCUUCGAUGAAGAAAUAGAUGAAGAUGUCUUCCUUAAUUCAAACAACUAUGUGCUCUCAGAAAACGAUAAAGAAUAUAUAGAAAUGCUUGUUGAAAGAGAGAACAGUUUUGGAUGCAAAACCCAUGGAUCUUCUGACGAUUGUUCGAUAUUACUCGAGAACUGGUUGAAAUGCUCUCGCUUGAAUGCCAUUCUAUGGAUUCUCAAAACUCGGGCGUUCUUCAGCUUUCGCUUCCAAACAGCUUUUCUAUCCAUCACUUAUUUUGAUCGGUUUCUUUCAAAACGAACCAUUGAUAGUGGGAAACCUUGGGCGAUAUCAUUACUAUCGGUGGCGUGUUUAACUUUAGCUGCAAAGAUGGAAGAAUGCAGGGUACCUGCGUUGUCAGAAUUUCGUGUGGAGGAAUUUAAUUUUGAUGCCAAAGUGAUUCAGAGAAUGGAGCUUCUGGUUCUGAAUACGUUAGAAUGGAGGAUGGGUUUAAUCACUCCUUUCACUUAUAUCCAUUACUUCAUCACCAAAUUCUGCGAUGAGCCUCAACCCAGAGAUUUAGUAUCUAAAACUGUGGAACUUAUCUUAGCUAUUGCAAAAGAGAAGAGCUUAGUGGAUCAUCGCCCCUCUGUUAUAGCUGCUGCUGCAGUCUUGGCGGCAACCGAUCAGAGAUUGACAAGAAAAACCAUGGAAUUUAAGAUGAGUGUGAUCUCUUCAUGUGGUUCUCUUCAAAAUGAGCAUGUAUAUUCCUGCUAUAAUCUAAUGCAGGAAUUAGAGUUGGGGAAACUUAAGAUACCCAAAUUCAUAUUAUCUCCAAGUCUCACUCCAAUCUAUUCAAGCUCUACCAAUGUUAUUGACAAUUCUUCUUUCCCUUCUGCCGAUGGCACUAAGAGGAGAAGGCUUAGAUUCGAUGAUUGUAGCCAGAAUUGUGGUGGCAUGUCUAAUGAGAAACAUCUCCUGUAAAGAAAUGCAACAGAUCAUACCAACAUUGUGGAUAUUGGGUGCUUUAUGGGGGGGAUUGGUUUUGUGUUUUUCAAUCAGAUUAUUGGUCUGAUGAGUGUUCUAGUCCAUUUCAUGAAUAUGAUUUGGAGUUGAUUGAGGAUUCCAUUUUCCAAUGCCCAAAGUCUGAUUCAGAGAAAGCAAAGA